AUGACGACAACCGCAGCACCAGCAGCAUCGACAACAACAACAACAUCAGUGAUGGCAAUAAUACCAACGCAAGCACAAACAACAAUCACACUGGCUGAAGAAGAGCGGGAGGUGAAAAAGCAAGCGCAGGCAAAGGCAAGACGAGCAAAGAGGCAAACCAGAGACGAGGCUCAUCAUGUGCUCGUGCGUGCUGCAAAUAUUCAAAUGAUCCGCAACAUGCCAGAGACUGACGCCGCCCUCACCAAACGCCCAGAACGCAAGGGUGGAAUUGUUGUUGAGGAUCAUAUGAUGGCUCCUUUCACAUUACAGGAUUAUGUGAAAGUUGGAGCAGCACUGCUAAAACACCAAGCAAGGCGAGAUGCACAGGGGCGAGCCAAUCUGGAUGCUGUUGACCAGAAAUUGUACCACCAGCGUUUCAAAGCUGCAAAAGAGAAGUUCAAAACUCUUGAUGAUGACACAAGGGUAGUCUGGGAAUUCCAAAGACGUGCUCACUUGUCGCGGCAUGCCACUAUCAAGGAUCAAAUCAUUUGUGCUAUUAAGACAAAUCCAAAGUGUUCGUGGCGAUCAAUUGAACAGGAAAUUGACCAUUGGUGUUGUGACGCAACCAUUCGUAGAUGGGUUAUUUCAAGGGAAGGAUACCGGACGUAUGCUGAAAGGAUCAUUCCUGCUUUGAGCCCCGAACAAAAAAGGAAACACUUGGAGUUUGCAAAACGGUUCCAAAACAACUGGGGGCUUGGAGGUGGCAAGUUUCUCCUUGUACAUUAUGACGAGAAAUGGUUUUGGGGGCUUGUCAUGAGGAGGGAUGCAAAGAUGUGCGAGGAGUUGGGAAUCGAUGCAGUCUCCUAUAAAGCAUAUCACCGAUCACAUGUUUCCAAGGUCAUGGGAAUUGCUGUGACUGCUUUUGCGUUCAAAGACUCUAUUGAAAACGGUGGAGACGGCCUCAAGAUUGGCUUCUAUCGUGCCCAAACAAACAAGGUUGCAAAGAAGCUAGUAAGGCAGGCAGUACGACAGGACGAUGGUUCUAUCAAGCGAACUGGAGCGGUGAUAAGAGAAAAAGGGGACUUGUACUUGGUGGAUUGUAAUGUCACUGGAUCGUCAGAAGGGACCCCUGAUGAUCCAAAGUUUGCAUUGAAGAAGUUGUUUGAGCAUCACAUCUUUCAAAAGUUGGAUGGUCUUGUGGCGGCAGGAGGACAAUACGAAGGAUACAUUCCUGUUAUUCAAGGUGACAAUGCAGGGCCGCAUGCUGAAAAAGAAUACUUUAAUUGGUGCAAGGCUCAAUGUGAACAACGUGGCUGGCACUGGGAACCGCAAGCUCCACAAAUGCCGCAUAUGAACAACUUAGACUUGUCAGUAUUCCCCUGCAUGUCGAGACGUCAUUGUGCAGCCGCAAGAGAGAGGGGAGGGCUCCAUGUUUUGAAACAGGACGAAAUUUGGGAUGCAGCAGAGGACGUUUGGAGCACACUUCCUAGCUCAAAGAUUGCAUCAGGUUUUGUACAAUGCAGCCGGAUAGCAUCAAAAGUAAUUGCAUUGGAAGGGGGCAACGAUUUUGUUGGAAACAAGAUAGAGAAUGGCAUUCAUUGUGAUAUCCGAAAAGAUUACAAUGAAACUCCCACUGGGCUUUCUAGGAAAGACGGAGAGAUGAUCAACCCUCCAGCACCGGCAACAGCAGUAUAG